GUGACAUUUAGAACUGUUUUUCAAAUAAUGACUUUUAACAACAAAAAUAUGCAAACGAAUGAUUUACUAUAUUAUUUAACGAUGAAUAUGAAUAACAUAUGUAGAGUAUGUUUAGAAAAAAGUAGCAAAUUAGUUGCUAUAUUUGAUCCAAUUAAACCUCCACAUUUCUCUGUUUUAAUUAUGGCGUGUGCCUCAGUUCAGGUAACAGAAGGGGACGGUCUGCCGCCAUAUAUAUGUCAAAAAUGUAUUUCGAAGUUAAACAUAGCCUUUCAAUUCAAAACACAGUGUGAAUCAUCUGACGAAAAAUUACGACAAUGUUUUGAAAGUUUCACUGUAACCCAAGCCACUGACUUACCGGGAUUUAUUAAUAUUAAAAAAAAUGUUGAUAAUAGCACUUCAUAUUAUACAGUAGCAGACGAUUGUAAUAAAAGUGACAACGAAAAUUUAAUAAAACAUGAACAAGGGGAUGUAAAAUGCAUGCAGGAAACAAACAUUCAAGAAUCUUUUCAGACAGAAAGACAGUUGAUUCAAUCAACUCAUGAUACGCAAGAAACAGAUAAGACUAGAGUUACAAAUUUAAAGGUUGAAGGGGAGAGUGUUAUGAAGAUAGAGGACAUUAAUGUUCUAAAUGUAACUGACAUAAUAGAAUCCCAUACUAGUAAUAAUAGAAAAAGUAAAAAAAAUUCUAAGCCCCAUCAAUGUGACACUUGUGGAAAAAUAUUUCGACUUAAACCAAGUUUAGUCCAUCAUAUACGUAUUCAUACUGGCGAAAGACCAUAUGUUUGUCAUUUGUGUGAAAAAAGAUUCAUUAAUGGAGGUCACCUUCACACUCACAUGAGAAUACAUACUGGGGAAAAGAAUCAUAUUUGUGUUGCCUGUAACAAAGCUUUUGCAACUGCACAACAGCUAACAAAGCAUACUAUUGCAAUUCAUACUUCAGAGAGGCCCUAUGGUUGCACCUAUUGUUCAAAGAGAUUUGCUAGUUCCAGUAACCUCAAUACCCACAUCAAAAUACAUACAGGAGAAAAGAACUACCACUGUGAACACUGUGGUAAAGCAUUUUCAACUAAAGGGCAACUAUAUCAGCAUAUGCUUGUGCACACAGGAGAAAAAGCAUUUCUAUGUGAAUACUGCAAUAAAAGAUUUUCCCAAAAAGCUCACCUUCUUAGGCAUUUAAAGACACAUAACAGAACAUCAUAGCAAGAGAUGAGAAUAGCGGUUUAAAUGGUGACUAAAUACCUCAUGUGACUUGGAAUAUAGCAUGUAGAAGAUUGGGAAGAAAGAAUUCAAUUGAUCUCUCAAUACAAACUAACAUUAUCAUCUCGGCAGCAAAUUUAUUAAGUAUAAGGUGAUGUGCCCGAAUAAAAGGCCUGAAAAAGAAAAACAUAAAUUUUUCAAUUCCUGUCUGCAGUGAUGAUAGAAGAUAUACAUAGUGGUAACAUGUGUUCACUUAUUUUACCAGUUGUAUAAUAUAAUUUAGAUAAUAAUCUCUGGUAUUGUAAGUCAGUUACUGUAAAUAAAUACAUCUAUUU